AUGGAAUUUGAUGAGGAUAACAUCGGCGUCUAUGGAGCUCUCGACAUCUGUGUCAGAUUCCACAACAACAAUUCUUCAUUUGCGGAUGUUGAGUUCAAGAUCGAAAGACAUACGGGCUCUGUCUUGAUCGAGGGACGUCAAGGCGAGCACCCACAGUUUGUCAUUGCUGGGAAAGCAUCCCGCGUGAUCACUGCAACGACAGAGAAUAUUGGCCGCCUGAAGAAGCACAUUCCAUUACUAGAUUUACCGAAGAUAUUUAGCGAUGCGCUACAAUUCAUCAAGGCCAUUGGAAUAUCUUUCAUCUGGAUCGACUCGCUCUGCAUCAUCCAAGACUCGGUGAAGGACUGGGAGUCCGAGUCAAGAACAAUGCUUCAGGUCUACCGACAUGCGGAAUGCUAUCUUGCCGCGGCUGUCUCUGAGGACAGUCACGGUGGGCUGUUCUCGGAGCGAGACUACGCCAUCCUUCCAUCCGGAUGGUUUGAGAUGGAUAACAAUAUACCUCGGUUGAAAGGAACUUGGUGUGCUGUCCCUCACGGCUACUUUAAGGAUGCUUUCGACAAACAGAUUGGAUCAUCUCGGCUGAUGAGUCGGGGCUGGGUUUUUCAAGAGCGUGCAGCUUCGAGGCGUGUAAUUGCCUUCGGUCGAGAUCAGGUUUUUUGGGAUUGCUCUGAGGCCCUGGAGAGCGACGUUCUUCCAGAUCAUCACAUCAACCUUUACCACUACAGAGACGAAAACAAUCACUGGAACUCUGACAACGCCAUGGGGAUGGCCGUCCCCAAGCUCCUCACUCCAGGAGUGCCGAUAUCCUUUUACUCACUGGGAGAUGGGCUUGUGGCGUGGCAAUUCAUCGUGCAGCGGUAUAGUACAUGUGAUUUCACAUUCAAUAAGGACAAACCGGUCGCGAUACUCUGUGUGGCACAAAUGAUGAGUGACGCCCUGAAAGCCCAGCCCACGGCUAUCUCCACGACUUACUGGGCUGGCCUGUGGCUGCAAGACAUGUAUCGGCAGUUAGCAUGGAAGGCUAAUCUCGACUUCGACCCGCAGUUCGAGCAUCUCAAGGUAUCAGCAUUGGCAACCGUGGCUUGGUGCGAUAACGAAACGGCGAAGGACAACUCCUCCUUCUGCAACCUAUCUUCUGAUCUGAAAACAUGGUGCAAUUUGUAUCUUUUGCAUAUCACGGAGCCUCUCGUCGCUGUCUCAUUUGGUGCUGAGAAACUUUACGAGCCCUAUGUUUACCUCGACUACGAAGAUAUCGGAACAGACCGCCUCCACUUCUUGCCACUCACUUAUAAUGACAGAGACCCCUCUGACGGGAACGGGGCAUUUACCGAAAUAAUUGUCCAGCCAGCGGACAAUCAGCCCGGAGUAUACAGACGGUGUGGCAGUGCGGAGCUCUUGCCGUCCGAGCCUGAGGAUACAAGGGUUAUGCCAGCUGGGCUUAGCCCCUUGUGUCAUCUGCUGGGAGAAAGUCCCUCUGUUGUGGAUCAUACAUACGAGGAGCAUGAUCCAGAGAUGGGAUAUCUGAUCCGUAUCAUCUAA